UGAUACUGCCUGGGCUGUUGUAUAGUAAGCUGAAGAACUGAGGAAGGUAGUGUUUGUGUCCAGAGGACUCAACAGAAUCUAGCAAGAUAAAAAUUGGGAGGAGAGGACUGCAAGAAGCUGUGCUGCUGCUUUCUGAAACGAGAAAAGGCAAUUGAAGUGUCUGGGACGCAGGCAGUGAUUCUCUUCACUAAAGAGCCUUAUUCUCAGGAUGCCUUACACGGCCGCAGUGCCAUCCUGCGCUGUGAGGUGGCGGAUCCUGCUGGGAUGGAGUUUGAAUGGCUGCAGAAUGGUCUUCCUAUUCAAGACACUGAACGCCGCUUCAUGGAAGGGAGCAAUUUGCAGUUCACUGCUAUUGAUUGGCAGCAGGAUGCCGGAGAUUUCCAGUGCGUGGCAAGAAAUGCAUUCACAGGGGAGGAGGCACGAACAGUGAAUGCAUCUUUCAAUAUCAAGUGGAUUGAACCAGGUGGGGUGGUCCUGAAGCACCCAGACAGCAUGGCAGAGAUCCAGCCCUCCACCUCAGUGAUCCUGCAUUGCCACAUUGAUGGCCAUCCGCGCCCGACCUGCCAGUGGUUCCGGGAUGGAAUACAAAUCAUAAAUGUACAUAGCAGCUACUUGAUCAGCAACAAGGAGCGGACGCUAACUCUACAGAGUGCAAGCCCUGAUGACAAUGGUGUCUACUACUGCUGUGCACGCAAUGCUGUGGGCUUUGUAUGUAGCAGGAACAACUUUACGCUCAGUAUUAUAGACGAGAGUUUCCCCCGCCCGGUAAUUGUCCCACAGAACCAGAUAGUGAGUAAGAAUGAAGAGGCAAUGUUUCACUGCCAGUUCACAGCUGUGCCUCCUCCUGCUCAGGAAUGGAUCUUUGAAGACAACUCUCCCAUCACCAACAGAAGCCGGACCACAGUAUUUGCCAAUGGCUCCUUGCUUAUAACACAGGUGAAAGCACGCAGCACAGGGGUCUAUAAGUGUGUUGGCCAUGGGCAGAGGGGGAAACCCGUCAUCCUGGAGGUGACUCUGAAGUUGGCAGAGAUUGAGGACAUGGAGCCAUUCUCCUCAGAGGUUUUCACAGCAGAGCAAGAGCAUCGUGUGGCCUGCACUGCCCCUCGGGGUGUACCUAAGCCUCAUAUCUGGUGGGAGAGGAAUGGCAUGCGCAUCCCAACCAGUGGCAGAGUGCACCAGGAGGCUGGGGAUCUUGUCUUCACCAGUAUUGCUGAAAAAGAUGCUGGCAUAUAUACCUGCUAUGCAGCGAACAAGGCUGGAGAGAAGAAGCAGAAUCUGAACAUCACAGUAGCCACAAUACCCAGAUGGGUGGAGAUGCCCAAGGACAGCCACCUGGAGGAGAGCAAGCCAGGUUUUCUGCACUGCCUCAGCAAGGCUUCUCUGAAACCCAGGGUCACCUGGUACCGCAAUAAUGUUUCCAUCUCCGAGGAUUCCCGCUUUGAUAUCUCUGACAAUGGGACGCUGCGCAUCAACAACGUGGAGGUGUAUGAUGGGACUGUGUUCAAGUGUGUGAGCAGCACUCCAGCAGGGAGCAUUGAGGGAUCUGCCCGGGUGCACGUGCUGGAAAAGUUGAAGUUCACUCCUCCCCCUCAGCCCCUGCAGUGUAUGGAGUUUGACAAGGAGGUCACUGUCACCUGCUUAGCCACUGGCCGAGUAAAGCCCUCCAUCCAGUGGUUGAAGUCAGAUGGGAGCAGCCUACCGACUCACAUCAGCCACAAUGGUGGGACCCUGCACUUUCACAAGGUGCGCAGGAGUGAUGCUGGCAACUACACGUGCAUCGCCUCUAACGGCCCCCAAGGUGAAAUCCGGGCCCUGGUGCAGCUCAUGGUGGCAGUUUACAUCACCUUUAAACUGGAGCCAGAGCCUACAACAGUGUAUCAGGGGCACACGGCCAUGUUCCAGUGCCAGGCAGAGGGUGACCCAGUGCCACAUAUCCAAUGGAAGGGGAAGGACAAGAUUCUAGAUCCCAGCAAGCUCUCACCCAGGAUCCAAAUCAUGCCCAAUGGCUCUUUGGUGAUCUACGAUGUUACCACCAAGGACUCAGGAAGAUACACUUGCAUUGCAGGCAAUAGCUGCAAUAUCAAACACCGUGAAGCCUUCCUGUAUGUUGUAGACAAACCAGCUAUAGAAGGGAAUGAAAAUCUCAGCAGCCACACACCCUACAAGAUGAUCCAGACCAUUGGACUGUCGGUUGGGGCUGCUGUUGCUUAUAUAAUAAUUGUUCUGGGCCUCAUGUUCUACUGCAAGAAACGGAGGAAGGCAAAAAGGCUGAAGAAGCACCCAGAGGGCGAGGAGCCAGAGAUGGAGUGUCUGAAUGGUGGCACUUUGAUGCAAAACGGGCAAACUGCGGCUGAGAUCCAGGAAGAAGUGGCAUUGACCAAUCUGAGCAGUGGUGCCACAGCUAGCAAGAGACACAGUGCCACAGAUAAGAUGCACUUCCCGCGCUCCAACCUGCAAACAAUCACUAUGCUGGGAGCCAGCAGAGAUGACAGUGCUAGAGGGAGGGGUGAGUUUGGGGAAGUCUUCUUGGCCAAAGCAAAAGGCAUUGAGGACAGCGAGAGUGAGAUGCUUGUUCUGGUGAAGAGCCUGCAGACCAGAGAUGAGCAACUGCAGCUGGACUUCAGGCGUGAGUCUGAGAUGUUUGGCAAACUGCAUCAUGCCAAUGUGGUACAUCUGCUGGGUCUGUGUCGUGAGGUGGAGCCGCACUACAUGAUCCUGGAAUAUGUGGAUCUGGGGGACCUGAAGCAGUUCCUGAGAAUCUCCAAGAGCAAGGAUGAGACACUCAAGUCCCAGCCCCUCAGCACUAAACACAAGGUGUCCCUCUGUUCCCAGGUGGCCCUGGGGAUGGAGCAUCUCUCCAACAACAGGUUUGUGCACAAAGACCUGGCAGCCCGGAAUUGCCUCAUUAGUGCCCAGAGGCAGGUCAAGGUGUCAGCCCUGAGCCUCAGCAAAGAUGUAUACAACAGUGAGUACUAUCAUUUCCGCCAAGCCUGGGUCCCACUCCGCUGGAUGCCCCCAGAAGCCGUUUUGGAGGAUGAAUUCUCCACCAAGUCUGAUGUGUGGUCCUUUGGGGUCCUCCUGUGGGAGGUGUUCACGCAUGGGGAGCUGCCUCACUCCAAGCUGACUGAUGAUGAGGUGCUAGCAGGUUUACAGUCUGGGAAAGUGAAGCUCCCACACCCUGAGGGCUGCCCUUCGAAGCUUUACAAGCUGAUGCAGCGCUGCUGGGCCCCCAGCCCCAAGGACCGUCCAUCCUUCAGCGAAAUUGCCAACAUGCUUGGGGAAAGCCCAUCCGACAGCAAAGCCUGAGCGAGGACCAGGCCCAGUGCUGGGGGGAGGGGGGAAAUCAGGGCUACAGACUCCAGAAGCUGACUGGGAAGAGUUUGAGCCCAGAGGGACCAUGGGUUACACUACUGGACACAGCGCUGCAGGGGCUUCUCCCUAUGCCUUAUGAAAAAGCCUCCUCCAGGUUCUACCUCGGAUACCCGCAGGUCUAGCUCCAGCCAAUCAUUGUAUUGUGAGCAGGGAAUGCUGGGAGCAACUGGCUGGUUCCACAGCCAAAUGGAAGGGGGAGGCCAUGUCUCCUCUGUGCCUUGUAACAUCUGGUAUUUCCAGAGCCCUUCACAGAGCACAGCAAGCCCUCUGCCAGGAGGGAGAGGCCCAAUGGUAAGUCUGUGCUGCUGCACAGCUUGGGUGGGGGCUGAGCCGUGCAGUGAGGCAAGGCAGUUCUGGAUCCCUUAGUAUCUCUGAGCUCCCAUAUUGUACUAGCAUGUCAGGAAAUCCCCACUCCCAGAAUCAGCUGAGAUCUGCUGUGUACAGCAACCAUAGGACUCGAAGCACAAGCCAGUGUAGCCUAGUUCAAAACCUUGCCUUUGUUGCUCGCUCACUGCUGCCCUGUACCUGCAGCAUCCGCCGUCCUUUCUUCUUGGGCAGCCUCUUAUGGAGGCUGGCCAGGCACAAUGCUGGGCUAUUGGUGCUGUCCAGAAGGGUAGCCUGGGUGGGUUUCCUCCAUCAUGUCCCUGCCCAUUCCUUGUCAAAUGGGAGUGGGGAGUCUGUGAUGGGCGGGAGCUCUGCCCUCCCUGUUCUAUAGAGCUCGCUAAGGAACCUGUAUAUUUAUUAAGUGGUUCCAUCCUCCCAUCUCUUCUGUCUGUGCUAGGCACCCCAGCACCUCGCCAUGCCCUGAUGGAGCAAGGCCCAGUAGUGGGAACACUAAGUGCCUGGCAUAUGAAGGAGAUUCUCACUAGCUUUCCUGACUACCCGAUGCCUUUUCUGUAUGUUUCUUUGGGGUGGCAACCCCUCUGUUCCCUUUGUAAAGUGCUGACCUCUCCCAGACGUAGUAUUUCUAUUAUUGGAAUGCCGCCUAGAGCCAUUUAGUUUGUUUGCUUGAGUGGAGGGCACAACAGCCCAGAGUUUUUUCACAUGCUGCUCUCAAUAAAGAAUCUCUUUUUGUAA